AUGAGUAAUUUUCGAGAAAAACUGCUGGCAAACUUAGAUAAUAUUAAGCAGAGUAAAUUUCGUCAGCAACACCCAUCUCAAACGGACGAUGAAAUCGAAGACGUACUGUUUCAAAAGUUUCGCACAGAUUUGAACAGUGGUAACAAAAAAGUGGAUCACGUGGAAUCGGCCGACUCGUAUCGCUACAUUCCUCAGUUUCACUUCGAAUUACCCAAAAGUGCAGAUUCUUUGGCACAAAAGCUGCGCGAAGAGGCACGAACCCUCUUUCUGCAGAAGCGCAGCAAAGAGCUGCUGGAUAAUGGUGAGUUCAAGCUGCUAUGGAGCUUGCUGGAGAAACACCACUCACCACCGCCGCUGGGUGAGGAACAGUACAUCAACUACGAGCUAUACUGUAAGGUCGCAGCGAUCGCGGGAGAAAAGUUUAAGCGCUACCUAACGGCGACGACCUUCGCCCGGCUACUGGCGUCCAGUAAUAACCCAGGCAAAAUCGGAGUAAUUUCGCUAUUUAAUUACACCAUGCGCAAAGUAUGGCUGCAGCAAACGCGCAUAGGACUUUCGUUGUACGACUACACAGGACAGGGCUUUCUCAGCGAGUCGGACAUGGAAUCCUACAUACUCGAGCUCAUACCCACCUUUCCCCAGUUGGAGGGCUUGGAAAAGUCGUUCCACAGCUUCUACGUCUGCACAACGGUGCGCAAAUUUUUCUUUUUCCUCGACCCGCUACGUACGGGUCGGAUCCGUAUACGGGAUGUGCUAACUUGCACCUUUCUGGACGACCUGCUCGAGCUGCGCGACGAGGAGAUUCCAAAAGACGCUCAGGAAAUGAACUGGUUUUCGGCACCGUCCGCUCUAUCGGUGUAUGGGCACUAUUUGAAUCUCGACAAGGAUCACAACGGUAUGUUAAGCAAGAAGGAACUGAUCGGUUACGGAUCGGGGACGCUAACGCCAAUCUUUCUGGAUCGCGUUUUUGCGGAAUGUCUCACGUACGACGGCGAGAUGGAUUACAAAACGUAUCUGGACUUCGUGCUGGCACUGGAAAACCGAGCCGAACCGCAGAGCUUACACUAUCUCUUUCGCAUACUGGAUGUAGAGCACAAGGGUUAUUUGACCGCGUUCACGCUGAACUACUUUUUCAAAGGCAUACAGGAGGAAUUGUCGGCGCACCGUGCCGAACCGAUCAACUUCGACGACGUGAAGGACGAAAUAUUCGACAUGGUCAAACCGGCCGACCCAACUCGCAUCACGCUCAAAGAUUUGAUCAGCUGCGGUCACGGGGAGACGGUCGUUUCGAUACUGAUCGAGUUCCACAAGUUUUGGGCAUACGAAAACCGUGAGGUGAUGGUUACGUCGGCGGCCAGUGACGACGCGCAUAACUUAUGAUACGACGGGUCGGCAUCGGUUGAGCCCGAUAAGCCUUCGCAGGAUGAUGAAUCUCGAACUGCAUUUUAAUCUUAACGUAACGAAGUCUAGCAACCGAACAGUGAAACAUUCCAUGUAAUAUGUGACUCACAAUCGAACUUUUUCAACAGUAUU